AUGAUGCCCAACAUCAGAACCAAGAACAUUUAUGAGGCAGUCAUGCACAAACAAAGAGUGGCUGAGGCCAGAAGGCAGUCUGAAAUGAUGGAAAACAAGAAGUUUUUCCAGGAUUCUGACAGACCGGCCAAAGAGGAACUAUAUCCGACCAAAUCGGAGUCGGAUCUAAACGAGGCUGACCGGGGCACCAAAGAACAAAAAAGCCAUAAAAUCGAUGAACCUACUGAACAAAGUCUCGUUUUGCAGCAGAAUCUUGACGAACUGGAGCGGCUUGAAGCGGAGGAACAUGAAUUUGAAUUGAUACAGAAGAAGGUUAUUGACGAUCAGAAGCGUCUUGAACAAGUGGCAGCUGAAAGGCAAGAGAUAGACGAUUCUCGGUGCCAGCGACAUUAUGAAAAGGUUCUCUUGCGCCAGCAAACUGCUGCCCUAAAACGACGUUCUCAACAGAUUAGGAACGACUUGACCCGGGAUCUAACUUGGCUUUCCCGCCUCCAGGGUUCGGAAGAGGAGGCGGGAGAUGGCCAACGGGUAUCGGGACCUAAUGAAAAUGAUGAAAUUGGGAAACAACUCACAGAAGUCAGGACGAUGCUAGAAGAGGACUUGCGUCGUGAGACACGUCGAGAAGCUUAUAUGGAUGAGAUGCUCGCUUCCGAGGCCGCAGAACUAUGGAAGAAGCGGGAACAGGAAUGGAAAAUAGAGGAAGAAGCUCGUCAACGACUUUUGUGUAAUGUUUUGUCAACAUACCGCGAGCACAUUGAAUGCCGCCUCAAGGCGCUGAGGGAGAUAAGGGAGGAGAGAGAGGCGAGGCGCGAGGAGUUGCUGCGCAACAUCGAAGCAGCCAAGUCCCAAGUGAAAAAGCCUACGACCAGAGAGGAACGCCAAAACCUUGAAGACGACUGCCGCCCCGCGGUGUCAGCAGAAGCCUCCAUUCACUCCGAAAAGGUCGCCAGACGUCGGGCUGAGGAAGCGUAUGCUGCCACACUGCGUGAAGAGGCUGCUAAAAUGAAUAUGUCAGUUGAGGAACUUAUGAAAGUGGCGUCUGGAUUUAAUUCGAAUCGUGCACCCUUUCCGAGCCAACGACGCAAAACCCAGCUAUGGUAA